UGAUCAUCUAAUUGUCCUUCUCUUGCACCUUUAAACCUAACCAGUUCACCUAAUUUCUAGUCUCUCUCAAUAAACAAGCCGUCACAAUGUCCGCAUCUCUCUUCCGCGCUACUCCGGUCGCCCGCAGCGCGCUGCGCGCCGCCAGUGCCGUCAAGCCCGCCGCUACCUUUGUCCGCGGCAAGGCCACUCUUCCCGACCUUCAGUACGACUACGGCGCCCUCGAGCCCUACAUCUCCUCCAAGAUCAUGGAGCUCCACCACUCCAAGCACCACCAGACCUACGUCAACGGCCUCAACUCGGCCCUGACCACCAUCGCCGAGGCCGAGUCCAAGGGUGACUUCACCAAGGCUGCCUCGGUCGCCCCUCUCCUCAACUUCCACGGCGGCGGCCACCUCAACCACACCUUGUUCUGGGAGAACCUGGCCCCCGCCUCGCGCGAGGGUGGCGGUUCGCCCGACGGCGCCCUCGGCAAGGCCAUCACGACUGAGUUUGGUUCUUUCGAGAGCUUCGUCAAGCAGAUGAAUGCUGCGCUGGCCGGUAUCCAGGGCUCGGGUUGGGCGUGGUUGGCCAAGGAUAAGGCCGCGAACGGCAAGCUGGCGCUGAUCACCCGUGCUAACCAGGACCCUGUUACUGGCAACUACGUGCCCCUGUUGGGCAUUGACGCGUGGGAGCAUGCGUACUACUUGCAAUAUGAGAACAGGAAGGCGGAAUACUUUGAGGCGAUCUGGAACGUGAUCAACUGGAAGACUGUUGCCAAGAGGUUCGAGGCUUAAGUUGUUUAUACCUUGGGGUGGAGUAGCAGAGGCGUUGUAAUUAAUGUGUUGCUACUAUGCAGAUGCUUGUGAUUAAGUGGUGGCUCUGUUGUGUGUGAUAUUAUUUUCAGUUACGAGAGGGUCACCAAGUGUCAUGUCAACGGUGCAGGAAGGAAUUUGACGGUGACGUUAGAGCGAGCUGCUAGCACGUUCUUGUCAAUCAUGGGUUCACCUCGACAUGGAGCUCUUGAGUAGAGACAAAAUCUGGACAUUUGGGUUUUACUACGAGAUAUUCGAUUUUAGCGCAAGGGGUACCCUGCUAUACAU